AUGGAUCUACUAUUAAAAAAUGUUUAUCCCAUUUAUAAAAACUUGGUACGUACUAUAAUUAAACGUAAUGCGCAUCAAAUUAUGUCGGAACAUCGAUUAGUUAGCCCUAAUUUAGAUAAUGUAUCUAAAAGAAUAGUAUGGGUAGAUUUAGAAAUGACUGGCCUUGACAUAGAAAAAGACCAUAUCCUGGAGAUAGCAUGUUUAGUAAGUGAUGAAAAACUUAAUGUUGUUGCUACUGGCCCUAACAUAGUUAUUCAUCAGCCUGAUGAGAUACUGAAUUCAAUGAAUGACUGGUGCAUAUCAACACAUGGUGAGAGUGGGCUUACUAAAUCAAGCCAAGAAUCACAAGUAAGUGUAAAGGAUGCUGAAGAAAAGGUAUUAAAUUUUUUAAAAUCACAUGUACCUGAAAAAACAUGUCCUUUAGGAGGCAAUAGUGUUUAUAUGGAUAGAAUUUUCCUAAGGAAAUAUAUGCCCAUACUAAAUGACUACCUACAUUACAGAAUAGUUGAUGUUAGCUCCAUAAAGGAAAUAGUGAAACGUUGGUAUCCCAAAGAGUAUUCAAAUAUACCACAAAAGAAAUUUGCUCACCGUGGUAUGAAUGAUAUAUUGGAAAGUUUAGAAGAACUUAAGUAUUAUAAGAGUAAUGUAUUUAAGCAGUAG